ACGAAGUCGGUGGCACUUAGAGACUGCUGUGAUCCGUAGAAGGACGGCCGCGGUGAAUAGGAUCUCACGAUGAAACACUCGAGCAGUGCCCGAAAUCAGUACUUGGCAACGUUCUGCGUGAACCUAUUAUCCAUUAAUUAUGGCUUUGCGUGCGGCUGGACGUCUCCGUCGUUUGCCUUGUUACAAUCUGUCGAUACUCCCUUAUCGAGUGGUCCAAUAACCACCGAAGAAGGCUCGUGGAUCGGGGCUUCCAUUUGCGUUGGAGGAUUGUUUGGUACACUGAUAUCGGGUUGGAUGUCCGAGCGAUAUGGAAGAAAGCUAACAGCCUGUCUGGCAUCGAUUCCACAAAUUCUCUCCUGGAUUAUGGUCAUUGUGGCGGAUAAUGCUUACUAUCUAAUGGCUAUGCGUUUUCUGGGUGGAUUUUCUGGUGGAGUUUGUUUCAUGGUUAUUCCAACGUUCAUCGCGGAGAUUUCGGAAGACAGAAUUCGAGGCAUGCUUGCUUCAACACUGGUCCUAUCCUGUAACUUCGGCAUCCUUCUGGUUUAUAUUUUGGGGAAUUAUCUGCCCUAUGCGACGAUACCGUGGAUUAUGCUACUAUUUCCAAUUGCCUUUAUAGCAAGCUUUUCGUUUAUUCCGGAUACACCAUUCUAUCUGAUGCGAAAAAAUGACUUUGCGAGAUCGGAAAACGCGCUCCGUUUUUUCCGCGGCUAUUGUACCGACACGCAGCAGGUGUCCAAUGAGUUUAAGCUGGAGCUGGUCAAACUACAGGACACAUUCAGCGACGAGAAACAAUCCAUUCCACAGGACGAGAUUACUUGGGCCGAUCUGUCAAGCCGACAUGCCAGGAAAGCAUUCCUCAUCGGAAUUUGCCUGAUGGCAUUCAAUCAAUUCUGCGGUUGCUUUGCCAUGCUGAAUUAUACGGCCAGCGUGUUUGCCGAAUCCGGAUCGUCGUUGACGGCCAACAUGUCUGCCAUCGUGAUCGGGACAAUCCAAAUGUUUGGAAGCUACUUUUCUACGGUGCUGGUGGAACGCGCCGGACGGAAGGUAAGACCAUUGGGGGGUUUGAGAUGCUUUGGAAAUGUGCCCUCGGCUGUUGUGGGCAGUAAAGGUUAUGUGAAUCUGCUGGUGAAUUGCUGCCUGCACGGGGCUGGUUUCGAAGGUUUUAAAGCUCAUUUAAACGUGGAAAAACGCUUCUUACACGAGAAUUUGGAGAAAAAAAAUUAUGACAGCUGUCAAAGGAUACAAAUAAGUCAAUACAGUGACUGUUCUGUCAAAGCGUUCCAGUUUGAAAGAGACUGCCUCGUAAUUGGCACGCUAACAGUCCGCUACUGAGUUCUUGUCAAAGGCCAAAUUUCGACAGUGGAAUGAAGCACCUAGACUUUCCCUAAGCGCUGCAUUUACUUUAAAAUUUAAAAAGGUUAGAUAUAAACUAAGUCUGAAAAUGAUGUAAGGUGAAUAUAGUGACGUUUGUAUUAUAUUACGUAAAAAAAAUUCGCGUGAUAGUAAAAAUCACGAAUCAAAGAAA